UUCCUAGCCUUUGAGAGAAAUAAAUUAUUAUUUUUAAACAGAAAAUCAUAAUUUUCAGCCCAUUCUAAUGUCCAGUCAUGGAUGCUUUUCCAUUUACUCCACGCCCACAGAAGUUUCAGCGUUCCCAAGCAUGAUGAAGUCGGCUAAUCGUACCACGCCCGAUCCAAUUCAUGUCUUAUUAGAAUAGAUCUAAAUCAAUCAUAACUGCUGCUACCCGCUUAGAUAACUCAGACUUUUAGUGGAUGAUUUUAUUGCACAGGCAAGAUUUAGGAUAGCCUAUUUUUCUAUCUGCUUGUUCGAAAGAAAAAUUGUGGGCUGCUGCUAAUGAUGGCAGGAGAGGACAGGCGAGUUCAUCCAGAUUGCAUAAAUGCUUCAAACCCUUAUCACGAAUGCGUGGAAUAUUGUUUCUUCAAAAUUGCUGAAGCGAAAGAACGCAAUGACAAAGAACAGGAAGUCACUUGUAAGAUAGAUGAAUAUAAUACCGUCUCUGGUCCGGGUGUGAAGAGGAAAGCUGAUGAGCUUAGUGCAGAAGAUGUGCCCAUCUCUCAAGAGUUGCCAAAUGCUCAGGAUGACACUAUUGAUGGUCAUGAUCAAAGAUUUGAGAAAAAUAAUGAUGAUGAUUCAGGGGUGGACUACUCAAAACUCACUGGAAGGCAAAAGAAGCUAUUUGAUCUGAGACUUAAAAUGAAUGAAGCAAGAAAAGCCAAUCAGAAGGACAUAAUUGCAGAAAAGAAGAGACAAGAGACUGUACAUGAACCCCGAGGUGUGUCAAAACAAAAGUGGAUUGAAGAAAAGAAGAAAAUCUUGGGAAAGCAUUUAGAUGCCAAUGGUCUCGAUAUCACAAAAGCUUACAUGUUAGAUACUCAGGAGGCAGCUGAAACAAAGUACAAGAAAUGGGAAAAGAAGCCCGCUCCAUUUGGAUGGGAUGUGUUCAACCAGAAGUCUCUAUACAAUGGUUACAAGAAGCGCACCAAAAAUAUAAAUAAUGACAUGGAUGAGUAUGCGAAGAUUAAAGAAUCUGAUCCUGAAUUUUAUCGGGAUGGUUCAAGUCUGCAGUAUGGAAAGGCACCAAAGAUUCCAGAAGAAAAUAUUGAAAAAAUGGUGAAAGAGCUAGAGGACAGGGAUCAGAAGAGGAAAGCUUUCAGUAGACGCCGCAGGUUUCAUGAAGAGAAAGAUAUCGAUUCCAUCAAUGAUCGUAAUGAGCACUUCAAUAAGAAAAUUGAAAGGGCUUUUGGAAAGUAUACUAUUGAGAUAAAGAAUAAUCUGGAACGUGGAACCGCUUUACCUGAUUAAAGAGUCAUGUUCCUUUUGUAGUAUAAAUUACUUCUGGCCUAAUGUGUUAGGCAUGGUGAUUCAGAGAUUGCCUAAUGGUGACCAUUAUAUUUGAGUAUCACAUCAAUCUCAAGAUGGUUGUCUACGAAUUCAUCUUUUCUUUUGCUCGAGGGAUUAAUGUGCCUGCCGUUGAAAGCUGAAAGGGACUGAGGGUUAACAUAUUGAAGCUUUUGCAAUGGCCAUAGCAUUUUAUUAUGAAGCAAACAUAUUGUUCUUUGUGCUUUUUCAGGAUAAUUUGUUUUGUUUGUUGAGUUCAA